AUGGCACUCACUAGUCGAGAGCUGGAUGAUCUGAGGCCCCAGCUGAGUGACACAGUCAAAAAUGUCAUUGGUUUUAGUGAGCCAACAGUUGUCAACGCUGCAGUCAACUGCAUUAGCACAGGCUUUGACAUGAAGAAGACAAUUGACCAGCUGUCCCAGAUUUUGGAAAUGAAUCAAGCUUCAGUUCUGGCGGAGCGAGUCUACCAUCUGUACGAAAGUUACAGAACAAGUGGUCGAAUUAGCAAGAAGAGGCGUAAGGAAUACGAAGAUGACACUGCCAGGAAGAAAAGAGCAGCAGAGGAAGAGAUUGCAAUAUCUGAAAUGACUUCCAUGCACAGUGCUCCACCCAAGCCCAAGAACACACUUCCUAACCUGAUCCCACCAGGGUCCCAGUUGUCCCCCGACAAGAUUAAAGAGAUGAUGGCCAAUGCCCAGAAAAUGAUUCAGGAAAGAAAAGCACAACUGCAGUCUGUUAUGCCAGUGGCUUCUAUGCCUCCUCCUAGAAUUGGAAUGGCAGCCCCAUCAGGUCCAACAGAUGCUGCCAUGAACAAAGCCAAGAGAGCUGCAGAACUUCAUGCUCAAAUUCAGGCCAGACUAAGUGGUGGACCUAAUGCUGGACUGCCUCCUCCACUGAUUCCGGGACUGCAAGGUUCCACAACAGUGCAGCCGAUGCAGCAGCCAAUGGCUGGCCCUUCUCCUCUCAUUCUGAAUGAAGAAGGAAAAACCAUUGACGCUAAGACAGGAGAAGCUAUACAGUUGUCUGUGUAUACCCCCACCCUAAAGGCUAACAUCCGGGCCAAGAGACGAGAGCAGUUUAAAGGUUUCAGUGAGAGGCCUCCAGAAGAGAUUAGUGAAAGCAAAUUCUUUGAUCCAAGACUUUCAUUGAAGACAGUCCAAAGACCCAAAAGGGGCUUCAAGUUCCAUGAGAAGGGCAAAUUUGAGCAACAGGCUACAAGACUUAGAGCUAAGGCCCAGCUUGAAAGACUUCAGGCAGAAAUCUCCCAAGCCGCCAAGAAGACUGGUAUUGCAUCAGCUGCCAAGAUUGCAACGAUAGCCCCAAAGAAAGAAAUUAAGGAAGGUGAGGUUCCAGACAUAGAGUGGUGGGACUCCUAUAUUUUAAGGCGUGAUGCUUAUGAUAUAGAAGAUGGGAAAAUUGACCAUCAUAUUUUGGAAGGAAUCACAAACUUAGUGGAGCACCCAACACAGAUAGCCCCACCUGAUACUGCAAUCCCUGUUUUCCUAACAAAGAAGGAGAGAAAGAAACUGCGGAGACAGAACAGAAGAGAAGCUGAAAAAGAAAUUCAAGAAAAAAUCCGCCUAGGUCUAGCACCACCACUGGAGCCAAAAGUGCGCAUGGCCAACUUGAUGAGAGUGCUGGGAACUGAAGCUGUCCAGGACCCCACCAAGGUGGAAGCUCAUGUACGAGCCCAGAUGGCAAAGCGACAGCGGCAACAUGAAGAGGCUAAUGCUGCCAGAAAGUUGACGGUGGAACAGAGGAGGGACAAAAAGAUUGCCAAAAUUAAAGAGGAUACUACAAUGGGAGUCAAUGUUUCUAUAUACAGGAUUCGAGAUUUCAGUGAUCCUGCCAUUAAAUUUAAAGUGGAGAAGAACGCCAAUCAGCUCUACAUGACAGGGAUAGCUAUUCUCUACAAAGAUUGCAAUGUAGUCAUUGUUGAAGGAGGCCCCAAACAGCAGCGCAAGUUCCAGCGUUUGAUGUUAAAUAGAAUCAAGUGGGCAGAGUCUCAGAAGAGAGCCAAAGAUAAAGAGGAAAAAGAUGAUGAUGGAUCGGUGGACAAAACCAACAGAUGCUCUCUUGUCUGGGAGGGCAUGGUGAAGACACGCUCUUUUGAUGAAAUCAAGUUCAAGAUGUGUCCGACAGAAUCCUUUGCCCGGGAACAGCUCAAGAAGCAUGGAGUAGAGCAUUACUGGGACCUGGCGUACUCAGCAUCUGUUCUAGAGCUGGCAGGAGAAGACAAUUAA